CAGAGGAUUAGUCUACUAUGGUGUGCUGUCUAGAAGUAAUUUUGUGGACAAAAUAAUUUUGUCUUAAAAACAAAGUCUGUUAUUAAAGGGACGGUUUGCAAUACAGUGAUGACUCUUUUAAAGGAAAAACAUCUUUAAAAAGAAAUGAGUCGUAAACGAGGUCCGCUCCCCGAGAUUUUCAAGCCCAAGAAGAAGUGUGUACGUCCAGCUCAGGAUGAAGCUGACACACAAGAUGGGGAUCUGUCGUCUGUGGACAUGAACAGUAUGCCCAAUGACACCCUGGCUGCUCUGCUGUACAUGAAGAAACUGUUUCCUAUGGAGAAGUUUGAUGACCGAAUUCCUCCCAUUGUGCUGAAGCACCAGCUUUAUAGCAUUGUGAAAAACAGAACAAUUGUCGACAAACAAAUUAAUGAUCUGAAAGAGAGUGGUGAGAUCAAGGUGAUAAAGCUGGGAGCUGAGCCCAAUGAAUUGAGUAUUGUGUUUUCCCGCGACUACGAGGUGCACGUGGACAGUGUAAUGAGAGACGUAGGCGUCCAUAAACACAUUAUAGAAAAGUUUUUAUCAAGAGUAGUCAAAAAUUGUCGUGAUGUAUGUCUUGACAGGGAAACUUUGAUGAAGGACUAUCGCUUUAAGGAUGAGGAAGUUACACAGUUGGUGAGAGCAUCGGUGCUGACAGUUCGAGAUGUGGGCAGUUGGUGGCUCGCCAUCCCUAACGCGGGAAUCUUCAUUAAAAACUUUGUGCGGGGACGUAAGGCAAUGCUGAUGAUGAUUAAAAAGAGUAAAUACAGAGAGGUGCUACAGAAGGAUCUGGAACAAAGACGCUGGCCGAAGAUGGCCAAGUUGGGAGUCAUGUACCAUAUACACGAUGUGAUAGGAGCAGAUCUGGUGGAGAACAUUCAGACAACUUCUGGAAAGUUACUCAGACUUAAAGAAUGAUAGCAAGAUGCAUGUAACAGUUGACAAGAAAUGAAAUUAUAAAGUUUUUCAAUGCAUUUAUGACAUUAAGACAACUUUACAAAAGACAGAUUAGUUUUGUAAAGCUAUUUGUGGCAUUAUUACACCUUUUCCAGAUUAAUUUGUGGCAUUAAAGCUAGAUUGUACAAACAGAUUUAUCAAAUGAAUUUAUGACGUUAUUUAUAUUACAGCGACUACCUGUUUAUAUUUUGUGUAUGUAUGUUUCAGUAUUUAUGUAUGUACCGUUUGUAUGGCUGAAUAAAUGUAUUAAUAGUU